AUGGACUACGCGGACCAAUUCCUGCGUCAGUUCAUCACCUACGUCCUAACCCAUCCUGCUGUCGUCCGCUCUCCUCCGUCUGUCCAGCGCACUCUGCGCCGCGAGCUCAAGGUCUUCAUCCUCGCACACCUCACCCACGCCGAAGAUUACGCCCGGUUUCACUCUGAGAGUCUUACGGUAGAUCGCACGACGGAAUUUGCGACGCCGCGCUCCUCCUACUGCUCUGGGGUACGGUCCACGUCGGCCGACCACACCAGCUGCCCGUAUUCCUCCCACUUCCUCAGCUGCUUGAUCGCCAAUCCUGGUGAGCCUGCAUUCAAGGAAGCCCGCCAGAGGUAUCUGGCAGAGGACAUGUGCAGGCAUUUGGCUACCAUGUGCCGACAGUAA